AUGGCCCUUAUCGACUACCCUUCGAGCGAAAGCGAGGAAGAGUUUCAAGAAAGAUUGAGUCCUGUUCUACCUUCCUUUUCCCUUGACAUUGAGGGUGACAGAGUUAGAUUCCUUGAAACAGACCGAAAUUUCAAUCCUGAUGGUCGUGUACGAGGCUUUUCUCACCAGCAUGGCAACUGGUCUACAUCACUUUAUAUUCCUGCUACUGAGUCGCUUACAUGUUUUUUACAUACACUUUUGGAAAGUGUGAACUCAAUACUCUCUCCAGACAAAAAGGAAUUUCAUACUUGUGGUGAUUUUCAUCUCUCUUUAUCAAGAACUUGGCCUAUUCUUCAUCAUUGGAUUACAGGAUUUGAAAACGCAGUUCGUGACAUUGUUUUUAAGUACCCACGACCACUUAUCAGACUCGAUAAGGCUGAAUUUCUUGUUAAUGAUGAGGGGACUCGGUCAUUUCUAGUUGUUUGCGCCGAGAAGUCGGAUUUAUUGCUUAAUCUGUUGGGCGAUAUCGAUCCAAUUGUUGUUUCUUAUCGCGGCGAACCUUACUAUCAGGACCAAAUUUUCCAUUUUAGUCUUUCCUGGUGUCUUGGAGAUGUUAACAAUACAGUUUCGGCGAACUGGAAAAAGACUUGUCUUUGGACACAGGAUGGAAAAUCCAAAUAA